GGCGUGGCGCCGAUUUUCGCCUAGUGUCAGAGCCGCAGUCCGGCAGUGGAGACCCACCGAGCGACCCGGCUCAUGGCGACCGCCCCGGUGAAGCCGCGACCCGGCGGGACACGAGCCCAGCUGCCGCCCUGCUACUACGAGGGAUACCUUGAGAAACGGGGCCCGAAGGAGAAGGUAUCGCGGCGUCUCUGGACGUGUUUGUGUGGAAAUACUUUAUAUUUCUUCAACAGCGCCAAGGACACACAUUAUGUGGAGAAGCUGGACUUGAGUGGUUUUGUCUCUUUGAUUGACGACUGCAGUCGAGACAGGAAUCUGGAAGCAGCCAGAGUGAACCUGCGCAUGAAAGACGGCGAGAUCAAACUGACUGCUCCUAACUUGGAGGCACGGGAGCUGUGGAAAGGAUUUCUCUACUCUGUAGUCGAUCUGGCGGUGCCCACCACUCUGACACUGCUGCCCGGGCAGCUCCACAUGCUGAAGGAGGUGGUGGAGAAAGAGAGGCAGAGAAGAAAACGCUCGCUGUCCAGAGCCCCCUCCUCCCCCCUCUCCCUGCCACUAGUUGGGGAGAUACCUGCGUGUUUCAGGCCAGUUUCUCGUACUGAAGCUGAAGUGCUGUUGGAAAGGCAUCCGGACAGUGGGAACAUGCUGCUGAGGCCUGGCAGAGACGGAACAUCACUCGCCGUCACCACACGACAAGACCUUAAUGGCUCCGUCUUCAGACACUACCGGGUCACCCAGAAGCAGCAGGGUGGUUACAUCAUCGACGUAGAAAACCCGAUACCGUGUCCGACCCUGCAUGAUGUGAUCAAUGCUCUGGUGGAGAAGACUGCAGGCACUCUUCAGCCCUUUCUGCUGGAGGAGCCGUACGAAGAGAAUAUCACCUAUAUUUCGUCUAAUGAUGAGAACGGAGAGAGAACUCUACACUGCGCUCCUACCAGCAUGUUCUCUAGAGGACCCGCACUGCCUCCUAAAGCAGGGCCGGAAAGAUGGACAUUGAGGUCACAGACUAAAUCUCCCAGCCCCUCCACCAGAUCAUUAAGCCCACCAGGCUCCCCAUCCAGCCCAUUGAGACGACUGGUACUGUCCCCGUCACCACUGAAACAGACGGCCUUCACAGAGGAGCUCAAACAGAAGCUGGAGAAGAGGCGCACCAGUCAGGACUGACACCUCCUCCUCUGCCUCCUCAGCCAGUCAGAACCAGCUGUCUUGAUUCUGCCAGUGCCUUGUGAUGAAGUCAGAGAUGGGGUGAAAGCUGGUUGGCUGCUCCGCCACCUGUGUGUUAGACUGGAGCCUGUACAGUGAUGCCACACCUGUGGAGUAGAGUCAGAUUGUUUUUCUGAUUUUUGUGAUUUUAUCCUCUAUCACAGUGGUUCCCAACCUAUGGGUCGCGACCCAACCUAUGGGUCGCCAAAGAUCCACGAUGGGUCGCGAAGCCCUCUUGAUUUUAAGGGGUUUAAUUUUAAUACUAUAUAUAGUCUAGGGUAAGCACCGCGCUGCGCUGCGCUCUCUCUGUCUCUCUCUCUCUCUGGCGCGCGCGCGGGCGCUCUCUCCGGCAGCGCGGAGCUGAAUUCAGCGCGAGGCUGAAUAUAAUAAUAUAAGAAUAUAAAACUCAGUUUAGUUAAAUGAAAAUGAGUGAGGGCCUGUAAAGUUAAUCAAUUAUUGUCCAAUAUUUGGACAGGUUGAGGUUUUGGUGAGCUGUUUUACUGAUUUGAAACUGAAACUGAAACUGAUAUUAUUCUUUUUUUUUGUUUGUUUUUAUUUUAUAUUAAUUAUUUUUUAUUCAUUUUAAAUAGUUGUAUUAUUUUAUUGAUCUAAUUAUUUUUUUUCUUCAUAAGAUAAAAAUUCCUUAUGUUUUAUGUAUCAAUUUUUCCUUUUUUACGUGUUUAUUUUAUUCAUCUAUAGUAAAUGUCAGUUUUUAUUUGUCAUUUCUAACCCCCCCCCCCAACCCCAACCCAAGUAUACACUUACAUCUUUUACAUUUGGGGGGGGGGUUUAUGUUGGGUCCCCAAAGCUUACAAUGGUAAAAAUAUGGGUCCCUGAAGAAAAAGGUUGGGAACCACUGCUCUAUCAGACUGAUCAGAUCAUUCCAGUGAGAUAUUCUGCCUCGGGAGGCCACGCUCCAAUCAGCAGGCUGAGGGUCAAACAACAAGAACUGGAAAUGGACCUGUUUCAGCCAAUAACUGAACCGGUGCUUCUCGUGGUUUGGAUUAAAGAUGCCUUCUACCUCAUGUUCACACCAAGGCUGACCAUCAUCUUCCUCACCUGCUCAGAAACACAAGCACAAUAACUGGCCUCAGAGACUGAAGCUAAUCACUGCUGGUCUCAGAAAAGAGCUAACUCUACAUUUGUACUUUUGUGAUCUGUGGGGAUGCACCGGAAAAAAAAAUGUGACCGAAUACAGAACUGAACAAAAAAAAGGCUGAAUACAAAAUACCGAACACAUUUUAUUCAUUUUGCAACUUUAUUAAUAAUUUAAUAAUGUAAAUAGCCUAUUUUAAACUUAAUCUGUUUUGUUCUGUUUUUUUUUAACAAUUUUUUUUUAUUUUAAAGAACACAAUUAAAUAAUAUGUAUUUGUAAAAUCCUUACAGACACACCAACAAAGCAUUAUCUGUGCUAUUUUAUGACGUGUUCUAGUCACAUGUAGCUAGCUAAUCUUAUUUAGCUAAAAACAGUACAUUUGUGUAAAGGAGUAAACUGAGCAGACUGCUAUAGCAUGCAUUAGUGAUUCUGAAUGCUUUAGUUUGCAAGUAGAGAGUAAAAAUGAACCUAAAUCUGGUAUUUGUCACUGCUUUAAAAAACAUUAGAGGAAACGCUGCAAUAUGACUACUAAAUAAUUAAUUAAUUCAUUCAUUCAUUAUUCGGUAUGAAUUAGAUUUUUUGAAAUAAAAAAAAGGUUUUUUUUUUUUUUUUAUUUUGUAGUUUUUUACAUGUUUGGUCUUUUUUUUGUUUGCCAAAUCGUAGGUGCAUCCCUACUGAUCUGUGUUCUGCUGUCCUGGUUUAUCUGCUGUACAUGUUCAGUGGGUUCAAUAGAAGUAGAUCAAAGUUGUGUGAUCGAAGAUGUGAACGAAUGUUUUCAAAUCAGUUUGAUUCAUUUAGUAACGAGCAAAAAAAAAAUAUCACUGAGGAGUGAAGAUGAGCUGUUCGAUCUGUAAGUAGAGAGUGAAGUGUCUGUGUACGUGAGCUUCAGUUUGACCAACUGGACUAUGGUUGUCGUAACUGAAUGUGCAUGAUGCUACUGUGACCCUGUUAUGCCUGGUUAUGUCUUGUGACUACUAUCUGGAUUAUAUCUGUUUUAAAUUAGACUCAGAUCAUCUCCUGAAGAGGUUUGAGUGAUCAGAUUUGUACCUAUUUUAAAUGAGAGUUGUUUCUUUACGCUUGUAUUUUUAUGUGGUUUGGUCUUAAUCUAGAUAUAAUCCUGAUACUAAAUGAAGCGACCAGGUGUAUACAGUUUCCAUUUGUAAUCUGAAUUCAUGUGUUGCUAUUUUUCUUGUAUUUAUUAAUAUUAAAUAGAUGAUUAAA